AUGACGCCCCGGCCGGUGUGUGUCGGUGUGUGUGUGUGUGUGAGUGUGCGCACUGCGAGUGUGUGUGUAUUUGUGUAUCGGCGGUCUCGCAGGUCCCGGAUGUUGCGGACAGUAUGAGGCGAGCGCAGGGGGACGGGGACCAGCAGCUGUCGCCACCGCUCUCAGUGAUUUCCUGUUAGACAAGACAAAUUAGAGUCUUCCUACUGACUUUGACUUAACUUGUGCAAGUGGCAUGUAAAGUUAGAAGUCAUAUAAGGGUGAAGAGAGCAGCGAAAUCUUUGUCCCCUGACUUUGGAAAUCUUGUUUAACCUUCAAACUGGCGAUGUCAAGAGUUCCAAGUCCUCCACCUCCGGCAGAAAUGUCGAGUGGCCCUGUAGCUGAGAGCUGGUGCUACACACAGAUCAAAGUAGUGAAAUUCUCCUACAUGUGGACCAUCAAUAACUUUAGCUUUUGCCGGGAGGAAAUGGGUGAAGUCAUUAAAAGUUCAACCUUUUCAUCAGGAGCCAAUGAUAAACUGAAAUGGUGUUUGCGAGUAAACCCAAAAGGGCUAGAUGAAGAAAGUAAAGAUUACCUGUCACUUUACCUGUUACUGGUCAGCUGUCCGAAGAGUGAAGUUCGGGCAAAAUUCAAAUUCUCUAUCCUGAAUGCCAAGGGAGAAGAAACCAAAGCUAUGGAGAGUCAACGGGCAUAUAGGUUUGUGCAAGGCAAAGACUGGGGAUUCAAAAAAUUCAUCCGUAGAGAUUUUCUCUUGGAUGAGGCCAACGGGCUUCUCCCUGAUGACAAGCUUACCCUCUUCUGUGAGGUGAGUGUGGUGCAAGAUUCUGUCAACAUUUCUGGCCAGAAUACCAUGAAUAUGGUGAAGGUUCCUGAGUGCCGGUUGGCAGAUGAGUUAGGAGGACUGUGGGAGAACUCCCGGUUCACAGACUGUUGUUUGUGUGUUGCUGGCCAGGAGUUCCAGGCUCACAAAGCUAUCUUAGCAGCUCGUUCUCCAGUUUUUAGUGCCAUGUUUGAGCAUGAAAUGGAGGAGAGCAAAAAGAAUCGGGUUGAAAUCAAUGAUGUGGAGCCUGAAGUUUUUAAGGAAAUGAUGUGCUUCAUUUACACGGGGAAGGCUCCGAACCUCGACAAAAUGGCUGAUGAUUUACUGGCAGCUGCUGAUAAGUACGCCCUGGAGCGCUUAAAGGUCAUGUGCGAGGAUGCCCUCUGCAGUAACCUCUCCGUGGAGAACGCCGCAGAAAUUCUCAUCCUGGCUGACCUUCACAGCGCAGAUCAGUUGAAAACUCAGGCAGUGGAUUUCAUCAACUAUCAUGCUUCAGAUGUCUUGGAGACCUCCGGGUGGAAGUCAAUGGUGGUGUCACAUCCCCACUUGGUGGCCGAGGCAUACCGCUCUCUGGCUUCAGCACAGUGCCCUUUUCUGGGACCCCCACGCAAGCGCCUGAAGCAAUCCUAAGAUCCUGCCUGUUGUAAGACUCCGUUUAUUUUCCAGAAGCAGCAGCCACUGUUGCUGCCACUGACCACCAGGUAGACAGCGCAAUCUGUGGAGUUUUUACUCUGUUGUGGGGGGAAGAGACUGCAUUGUGGCCCCAGACUUUUAAAACAGCACUAAAUCAACUGGGGGAAAACGGGGGGGAGGGAAGGGCCCGGGACUCGGGGCUGUUCAACCUAAUGAAAACCCUGUUGCUGCGUCACUGUGUUCCCCUUGGUCUGGCCAAGUUUGGUACUGUGGGGACAGAGUUUAGGCGCUGGCCCUGAGGACAUCCCAGCGGUGGUACUUCGGAGAAACCUGUCUGCAUCUGACUGAGCAGAACAAAUCGUCAGGUGCCUGGAGCAAAAAGGAGAAAAAAAAGGACAUUUAGUUUUAAAAGAAGGGAAAAGGAAAGGAAAGAAAAAAGGAUUUUUGCAGAAUUUCUCAAAAAUCAGUUUGUGAAUUCCAAGUAGUAUUUAUGUUGAGAGAAAUUUUAGCCCAUCCAGCUGUGCUAAAACUUGGAUAUUUGUGAAAACUCCUCACCACCGUACAAGCACCAGAAGAGCUCUCUUUUUGUUAGCACUUAUUGUUUGCAAGAACAGAAUACAUCCUUUUGUCCGUUUAUGAAAAAUGACAAGUUGAAGGAGAAGGAGGUAUCGGAUCUGGAAGAUGAGUGUUCUGAUGUGGUGACUUUUGCAAAAAAUCUUUAUUGGUGUUGAAAACUGGAAAAAAUAAUUCAUCCAGAAUUCAUACUGUCUUGACGAGAACUAUGGUUCCCUGUUUUUAGAUAUUGUGGAAAAUGUUUUUUGGCAUUUUUCUCUGAUUUUAUUUCUCCUUCCUCCCCCAUCCCUUUUCUAAAAAAAAGCAAAAAAGCAAAAAAACACAACACAAAACAAAAAGAGAACUAAAAAGAAGAGAAAGAAAAGGAAAUUUUAUUAUUAAUGCUGUGUGAAAAAAAAUCCCAGCCCAGAUUGCUCAGCUGUUCGUACCUGACUUGCCGCCUGCAUAGGAGCCAGUCCCAUUCCUUCCAAUUUGCCCCUCUUCCUACAGGGGAGAACUUCCAAAUGUUAAUUUUUUUCUUUUUGAAAAUAUAAAUAAUUACUAUUUUGUA